AUGUCUGUGGUGAUUCACAAUGGUACCCAUACAACAGUCGCUGGGUUUUCGCAGAUCGAUAUGCCCGGAUUGGUGUGUUCGUCAAGCUAUAUGAAGAAACGAGACGGCAGUUUGGUUUUCGCUUUGGAUGAGAUCUUGGAAGGCCCGGAAGCGCCAGUAUACACUAUCAUGACUUCAGAAGGUGUGCCGUACGACUGGGAAGCAUUGGAGGCUCAGUGGAGAUGGAUUGUGGAGUCGCAAUUGGGUGCCAAAUUGGAAGAAACACCACUGGUGGUGACCGUGGCGCCUGAUUUGUCGCCCGAAACCAAGUCCCAAUAUUUGGACAUGGCUUUGGGGAGGCUGAAAGUUCCUGUUUUUCAAAUGGUGGUAGAGCCACUGGCCGUGUCGCUUUCGUUGGGACGUAACACGGCCCUGGUGGUCGACAUCGGCGCUGCUAAGGCGACGGUGACUCCAAUUCUCGAAGGCAAUGUGGCCUCCGGUGCAGCGGUGCGCUCACGAUUUGCCGGGGAUUUUUUGGAUUUCAAAGUUUACGAAGCGCUCAAAGACGAAAUCGCUCCUGUUCACAGCACUGACAGCGGCCCUACUGAAGAACAGCAGGUGCCGUCGUACGCGGCCUGGCUCAAUUCCCAUACCUGGAUCCAGCAGUUUAAGGCCUACAUGCUCCAAGCCUCGCCUUCCAAACUGCGGGAGAUGGACUCUGCUACCAUUGACAUCCUGGGCUUGAACAGCGUUAAGAACUUCUUAUACAAAAAACAGAAAACCAUCAGCCUAACCCAAAAACAGUGCUGCCAGAUAACAGAGGGGAUUUUCCAACCAUCUUCAGCAUCAACCGAAUUCUCAGACGGAGAAGGUCUGUCGGAGAUUGUCGCCAAAUCCGUCAAAAAAGCAGGUGCCUCGGCACAAACCUCAUCUGCUGCAAACGCUACUUCUGCCGAACAAGUCCACACUGCCCUCCUCACGAAUAUCAUUAUCACCGGAUCGUCCUCCCUCAUUGCCGGCCUUGAGCAGCGCAUAGUCAACGAUCUAAGCUACCAGUUUCCUCAGUACAAAUUGUCAUCAUUUGCGAACCCACUGGUGCUGGAUCGCAAGCUACAAAGUUGGCACGGUGGUGUUACAAUGGCCAACAUGCCAUCGUGGGAUUUGGGUGACUGGGUUUCCCUCAAGGACUACGAAUCAAAUGCCCAUUGA